UUUUGUUGGAUUGAAAACAUUUAUCCCCAAACCCCAUCGCCAGCGCUUUGCUCCUUACUCGUUGCAGUCUCAACUGAUUACAACUCGUUCGCACCUCCCUUUUUUCUACCACCCCUCUACCAAUGGCUUCCCGCGUCAAAGCUUCGGUCCUUCAUGGGGCUCGGGACUUGCGGCUCGAAGAGCGAGAGCUGCCUCCACCCGGCGCCGAGGAGGUCCAGGUUGCCGUCAAGACAACCGGGCUCUGCGGUUCUGAUUUGCACUACUUUGGCCACUUCCGCAAUGGCGACAUCUUGGUGCGGGAGCCCCUUACCCUAGGCCACGAAUCGGCCGGCAUCGUCAUUGCCGUGGGCUCCGGCGUGUCUUCGCUCAAGGUCGGGGACCACGUCGCCCUGGAGGUUGGCCAGCCAUGCGAGCAAUGCGAGCUCUGCCGCGAGGGCCGGUACAACAUCUGCAGGGAGAUGAAGUUCAGGAGCUCGGCCAAGGCAUACCCGCACGCCCAGGGCACACUUCAGGAACAGAUAACACACCCGGCGAGGUGGUGUCACAAACUUCCAUCGAGCGUCUCUCUGGAACUCGGGGCUCUCGUCGAGCCCCUGGCUGUUGCCCUCCACGCCACCGACAGGGCGCGCCUCGCGCCGCGCUCCACCGUCCUGGUCUUUGGCGCCGGGACGGUCGGCCUUCUCUGCGCCGCCCUCAGCAAGGCGGUCGGCGAGGCCACGGUGGUCAUUGCCGACGUCCAAGAGGGCCGGGUCAAGUUCGCCGUCGACAACGGCUUCGCCGACGCCGCCGUCGUUGUUCCCAUGAAGCGGCCCGACACGAUCGAGGCAAAGCUGGACUUCGCAAAGCAGGUGGCGGAGUCAGUCAAGUCGACAACGCACAACGGCGGGGCCUUGGGCGAGGUUUCGGCCACGUUCGAGUGCACCGGUGUUGAGGCGUGCCUACAGGCCUCCAUAUAUGCUACUGCCCCUGGUGGGCGGAUCAUGCUCAUCGGCAUGGGCAAUCCCAUCCAAACGCUGCCUAUCUCGGCCGCGGCCCUGCGCGAGGUCGACCUCGUAGGCGUCUUCCGGUACGCCAACACGUAUCCGCGGGUCAUCGAGCUGCUGGCCAGCAAGAACCCCCGGCUGCCCGACUUUACAAAGCUCAUCACCCAGCGGUUCUCGGGGAUGGAGAGCAUCCCCAAGGCCUUUGAAAUGGCAGCUAGGGUAACAGACGACGAGGGAAAUCUGGUGUUGAAGGUGAUGGUAGACAUGUAGGCAGCGAGGAGGCGCAGAGUGUUAAAUGAAUGAUACAUACACCAAAGAUCUCGGUUUGUCGGGGAGAUGAGAUGAAGGAGAAAAAAAGAAUAAAGAAAAAAGAAAAAGAAAAAGAAACUCGAAUAUUGCAGACAAAAACGACGUCUAUUUCUCGUCUAUCAACCCGAUUUCGCACAUAACAAGAACCCAGCCCUGUCUAUGACUUGUCUGGGAACCCAAAGUCCACGCCAAACGGCGGGUACACGAACCGCAUCAGCUGGCCUUCCCUGGUCAGCUUGUCCGACCAGUCAUUCAGCAACUUCAUAUCAUCGGCAUCCAGGUCAAUCAGCUUGAGGUUCUCCUCGAUCCGCUCGCGAGUGACCGAUUUGGCCAGGACGGUGCUGCCACGGGGGACUA